GCCUUGUGCCCCGUAUUUAAAUGCACACGGACUUCCCCACACUCUCGCUCUUACCUACAUCGCAGCAUUUACAUUCACUUUGGCAUUGACUGUUCACUGUUCGCUCAAAAGUCUCUUCGAUUCGAUUGCUCUUUGUCACACGCACGCGUAUAAAGCAUCACCAUCAGCAUCAACAUCACUCAGCGUUUACGCCACUGCACACACACACACAGCACAAAGUCCCCCGAGUCGCCCUUGCACCUCACACACGAUCUUUCCAACUGCACAACACCCCACAUACAAAAAAUGUUCUCCCGCAUCGCCACCCGCGCUCCUCGCGCUUUCGUCCGCUACAACUCGUCUUCUUCCACAAGCCGCGCUGCGCGCGUUGUUGAGAUGGCCGGUCAGGUCGAGAAGCCAAGCGCUCUCGAAGCCUCCGUCCCCGUCAUGUGGGCUGUCUGCGGCGCGCUGACGUACACUGCGUGGAACAGAAUGGAUGGACGUCAGGGCGAUGAGGUCGAGAAGUUGAUCAUUGUUUAGAUCGCUUUGGCGCUUUUCGCCCUGGUGUUUUGUAUGUUCGCUGUUGGUGGCGACUUCUUCUCGUUUGUCUGCAUAGACGCGCGGCAUUGCGUUUAGACUUCUUCUUUGGGCUGCAUUGGGAUACGGGUUGGGCUUGGGAACGGAUUGCGUUGCAUGUGCAUGGAUGGGUUAAUAACUACAAUAUUGGGCAUGGGAAUACGAACGGAAUACUACUGCAUGUUCAUGCAGACCUCACCACAUCUCACCACUCACUCAUUGCUCCUCACUUUGA